AAGCACGCAGGGCCAGUACCGGGUGACCUUCAGACGUGGUUGGACGCGCUCAGGUCCCGUUCGUCUCCUCCGCGCUCCUCUCCUCGCCUCAGGCCUCUCCUCCCCGCCGCGAUGCCGAGGGGCGGCCGCAGCCGCACGUCCCGAGUGGCUCCCCCCGCCAGUCGGGCGCCACAAAUGAGAGCUCCAGCUCCGGCACAGGCGCCUGUCCCAGCAGCGGCUCCGGCUUCUGCUGUGGCUGCUCCCGCACCGAAGCAGCCUGGUCUGAUGGCGCAGAUGGCUACAACUGCUGCUGGGGUGGCUGUGGGCUCUGCUGUCGGCCACACCAUAGGCCAUGCGCUGACAGGAGGAUUUGGUGGAGGAAGCAGCUCUGAAGCUGCCAGGCCUGAUAUUACUUAUCAGGAGCCGCAGGCAGCCCAGCCUGCCUACCAGCAGCAGCAGCAGCAGUUUGCUCCUUGCCAGUAUGAAAUGAAGCAAUUCCUGGAGUGUGCCCAGAACCAGACUGACCUCAAGCUGUGUGAGGGCUUCAGUGAGGUGCUGAAGCAAUGCAGGUUUGCUAAUGGUUUAGCCUAAGCCUUCAGAACAAGGCUGCUGAAUGUCAUCAUGCAAGAACUGAUCUGUGAAUGAAGAAGCUUCAGUAAUAAAGCCUAAAGUUGAUAUUUUACUAGUUCAUGUAUUCACACUCUUGUCCUCCUUGUGGCUUGAUUCCUGCCGUCGCCGCUACAGAUGUGCUACAACUUACAGCUGCAAAUUGAUUUAGCACAAAAUGGGAGAAUGAAUAAAGUGGAAUGAGCUGA